AUGCGUGUAUGGACAUGCUGGCGCGAUAGCUUUCGCUACUUGCUCGUCACAAUUGGUUUUUUCUGUCUUCUAUCGGUAAAUUCUAAUCACACUAUAAUCAACUUCACAUUCAUAUGCAUGUCAAGUGAUUAUUCAAGGAACUUUUCCGGGAGCGGUGAUAGCCCUCCUGUCGACUACACUCCAUCAGAGAAAAGCGCAAUCAUAUGGGCCGUACCAUUGGGAACACUGUUAGGAUCAAUUCCGGUCAACUACCUUUACACAGAGUAUGGUGCAAAGUAA